CCGGAUCGGUGGCACGUGAAGAAGCACCCAUCCCGCCGGAUGACCCACUCCCGACCCCCGCCCCAAUCUCACCUUCUCUGGCUAGAUCCCGGCGGCGCCCCGGCCCCCACCUUUUCCCUUGCUGAAUCCCGAUGCCGCCCAGCCCGCCACCUUAUCCCCUGCUGGAUCCCGGUGCCGCUCCGCCCCCACCCUCUUCCUGGCUAGAGCUCGGCAUCGCCCCGCCCGCCACCUUCUCCCCGGCUGGAGCCCGGCGCCGUCCCGCCCCCCACCUUCUCCCCGGCUGGCUCAUGGCGCCGCCCCGACCCCCACCUUCUUCCCGUCUGGCACCUGGCGCCGCCCCCUGCUUCCACCCGCCAUCGCCACCACCACCUGCUUCCACGGUUCCACCCGCCACCGUCCGCCCCCUGCUUCCAGCCACCGCUGCCCCUCCGCCUUCUUUCGCUGGUGGACCAACCUCGCUGCCGUGCUACACGGUCAAGGUCGCGCGGGAGACGUCGUCCCUAGCCCAGCCGAUGUGGCCCGGCACCCUGACCACCGCCAUGCCCCUGCGCCUUGACUAUCGCCGAUGUCCAACGCCACGGUGCCUCCCAUGGCGGCCGUUCACUGCCGCCACCCUGGGCCGUUCAACAACACAGCGCCGAGCCGUUAAACGCCGCAGCUCUACCACCAUUCGCAACUCCGACUUUCAUGGUGUGUUUCUGGAGGUUCAGUUUUUUCAGUGUUGCAGCAAGAACAAGAUGCCAAAGUAAAAGUCUCCAAAAAAGCCUAAUCUUUGCAUCUUUCGGUACUCACUCAAGUGAAGUCUCGAUUUCUUCUAAAUCUGAAGUUCAAGUUCUCUGAAACAUUUGGCAAUAGUUCGGCGAAAAGGUUUACCUCAGUACAAAAGUCCUUGUUGGGAUGAGAGGGAUGACUAGAAUGCUCUGGGAAAUAUCUUUACUUGACCCAGAGGCGGUAUGCUUUUAUUGAUCUCCUUUGUAGUGCUAUGGGUGCUGUAAUAAGAGCAAAUUACAUAUUAACUUGUAUAUCUAGGAAUACUGUGUGGACUAGAAAAUGUAUUAUUUUAGUAUCUUGAGAUCUUCAGUCAAGUUUGUGUGCCCAAGCUGA